AGCAAAGCAAAGCAACCUCCCUUCCCUUCUCUCCCCACACGCGCACGGCCGCACCGCACAAAGCGACCGUCCCCGCGACGGUCCAGACUCCGACGCCGCUCGCGUUCGGGUCCCCGCCGUAUCCGCCCACACCCACCCUCCCUCCCCGCCGCUUCCGCCUCGUGCGCGACCGUACGGCGGGGCCACGUUCGCCGCCUCAAACUGUUGUGUGGUGGGGGGCUGUGGCUGGCGCGGGAGGCGGCGGCGGCGCUAGGGUUCCCCCCAUGGACGGCGGCGAGGAUCGGACGUUCAAGGCGAACUUCACCGGCGAGGGGGUGACGAUGCUGCAGGACCGCGUCAAGGAGAAGCUUAGGGAGCUCAUGGGCGACUACUCCGACGACACCCUUGCCGAGUAUGUUGUGGUGUUGCUAAGAAAUGGGAGGCGCAAGGAUGAGGCUGCCAAGGAGCUACAGGUUUUUUUAGGCGAUGACAAUGAUGCUUUUGUAUCCUGGUUAUGGGAUCAUCUGUCCACAAAUUUGCACCUAUAUGUUCAGCCUAAAGCUGCCUCUUCUAAAGAUGAUGCUAGAAGCACUCGCAGUGCUGCUAGAGGAUUGCCUGUUCACAGUGUGACAAGCAGCAUACACGUGAAUCAUGAACCUGAAGCUGAAACCCAGAAGACAGAGAUAACUCAUCAAAAAAGAGAUUGGGGUAAUCAAAAAAGAGAUUGGGCAACAAUUGGUCAAGGUCAAUCAGAAGCAGUUCCUCUUAGAAGCGUUGUAGCCAAUGUUUCUCAUGCAGAGGAAAAAGAUUUUCAUGAAUCACAUGCAGAUCAAAGGGCUUUUCAUAAAUCACAUUCUGUAAGACGAGCCCGCUCUCCUGACAUGCAUAACCACAGAAAGAGGAGCAGAGAUGCAGAUGUGCGGUCUACCAAGAGGGCAUCUCAGCCAGUUGUUGGUGCACCACGUCGGCUUCUUCAGUUUGCUGUUCGUGAUGCUGUCAAAACUGUGCAGCCAGUUACUUCUAGUUCAGAACCAGCUUCCAAGCGACUUCGUUCUGUAGUGUCUACAUUGGCAUCAGAUUCCACACUUGAUAUUACUCAUAUUAGGUUACAGAAGAAAACACAUUCAGAUUUGAAAAUACCAGGUGCCACAGCAGCACUAAGAGCUGCAGCUGAGGCUGCUGAAGAUGCUCUCAAGGAUAGCUUUUCUGGAAGUGUUUUUAGUAGAUUGGGCAGAAUGCCCACAAGAAAUCCUACUGAACAAUCACCUGCUCAUAGAGAACAAGAUCUUGAAGGCAAAGAAUAUGAGAAUAUAGAUAACAUACAAACAGAAAAUCAAGUUGAAUUGUAUGAAAGAAAUCAACAUGGUGGCAGCGAUGUUUACAUGCGUGAUCGGAGAACAGAGGAAGCUACAGGUUCUAUCCCCAAUAUUGACGAGUAUGGUCACAACAGUGCAGUUAGGUGUAAUGGAUUGGGUUCUCGACGAAGUGCAUUGCCUGCUAGUGGAGGUAAUGAGUCAUUAGUACUGGGGUAUGUAAGAGGAGCUUCUGGAGUAAGAAGCAGAAGAUUGAUAGCUCAGGGGCCACAUGCUGGUUCAGGACGAAGACCAUCUGAAAAGAUCCUGAAUGUUUCUGGUAACACUAACGCACAGAAGCUUCCAAGUCAUGUAACUAGGGAUGCAAUUGCAUUUGACCCUCAAGUGCCAAUGGAGAAGGUUGCUAAUGCAAGUAAAUCACAUGUGAAGAUUGUACAUGCUAAUGAUAUGUCCAUGGUGACUGAUAAGUCCAAAGAUUUGAGACAGCCAAGUUCAAUGCUGGAGGCACAGAAGGCUUCAUCAGGUGCUGCUGGAUCAAAUACUACAGCUCAACCCGAAGGUGGCCCUGAUUCUAGAACUGUCUUUGUUUGCAAUGUACAUUUUGGUGCAUCAAAAGAUGCUCUUUCUCGUCACUUCAAUAAAUUUGGAGCAGUCUUAAAGACCCAUAUUGUGACCGAUGGUGUCACUGGUCAGUCAACUGGCUCAGCGUAUAUUGAGUUUUUGCACAAAGAAUCAGCAGAGCAGGCGUUAACCCUGAACGGGACAUCAUUUAUGUCACGCAUUUUGAAGGUUGUUCGGAAAAGCUCCACUGAAGCAACCCAAUUGCCUGGCUUGGCCCGUCCUUCUUGGGGAUCACCAUUUGCUUCAAGGCUCAUUAGAACUGCAUACCCAAGGCCAACGUUUCCUGGUGCAAUCCGUGGACGACUGCCACUCAGGGGUGUUGCCCGGAGUUUGCAGUGGAAGCGCGGUGCUGCUGAUUCUGCAGAUGCUGGAAAACCUAGUCAAACUGCACCUGCAGCUCCUGCCAAUCAGUCGGUCACCCCGACCAUACGAAGCUUCACCUACACACGCACGGAGCCAAAACCAAAUGACGGUGCGAUGGCAUGACUGCUCAGCUGAAGCAUGCCGCAGCUCCUGAUGAAUCUCGCAGAAAGAGCUCGUGUUUGACCUCUGUUUUGUAGUUCGUUUCAGCUGCUUUUGGUAAAUAUUUAAGUAGCUGCAGAUGUUAGUUUGUAGCAGGCUGGUUUUUGUGGACCUCGACCUUUGAGCAAUAUUCUGUGAGAGGUUUCCUGUGCUGGUUUUUCACCGUCGGCACACAUGCUGUGCUGGCUGGCUGUUCGGAGUUCGUGGAUGGAGAGUAAAAUAUAAAAGUAGUAGUAAAGGAAAAGACGAACGCGAUAGGAACGUUGAAACAUUUGUUAUUAUUUAUCGAUGGAUUAUUAUUUAGCCUCCAAGGUUUCCUUGUCAA